AUGGUGGCCUCCAUCCCACUCGGCUCAUCCACCGGACCAUCUCUCUCGCAGUUUGAGAUUACAACAUACCUCGAUGCCUUGGACACUAUGAUUGCGUGUGACUAUCCUGGAUGCACGGCACAGUAUCGGCGGAAAGAGCACUUGAACCGCCACGCGCGAAAACACUAUCCGUCUACACAACUAUCGUGUGAAGACUGUGGUAAACCGUUCGACCGGUCGGACACGCUCCGUCGACACCGUCAGUUACAUCUCAGGGAUAAGCAGCAAAGUACGCCUCGGGCUGCGAGGGCCUGUGAUUACUGUCGCGCUAGCAAAACACGCUGUCACGGGGAGGAGCCUUGUAAUGUCUGUUUCCGGCGGGGGUUACGGUGUACUUUCAACAGACGGCCGAAUAUAGCGCUGGUAGCUGAUGCUGCUGCGUCGAUGCUAAUAAGCGAGCCCGAAGUUCAAACCUCACAUACAUCCGUCGACUACCAGGAGCACGAAAGUUCUAAAAGACCGCUUAUCCCUGAUGCCAGCGAGGAAAUCCGAACCCUGCUUCUGCAACACGAGAACUAUCUCCGUGAAGACUUCAUGCUUGCUCGAACAGAGAGAAAUGGUGGAGAUCAAGGGCAGCUGGACAUCGACUACUACGUCGAGAUUUACUUUGCGAGUUUCCAUUUCCAAUGGCCGAUCAUUCACAAGUCCUCCUUCCUGCGAAGUAAGGACUCGCAACCACAUAUUCUGGUCUUGAGCAUUGCUAUGAUUGGGCUAUGGGUUACGGAAGACAAGGCUGCGCAGUCAAGAGCGGAGAAUAUGCACGACAAAUUAGUAGCAUUGUUAGAGAGUCGCAAGGGAGACUGGAAGUCACAGAAAUCCUUCAAGGAUAAAUUAUGCCCAAUGAUGACAUUCCAAGCCGUCCUUUUGAACGCCAUAUUCGCACUGGUGAGAGAGGCCCCUCCAGACCUCCUUGACCGUUGCUCGGCGAUGCUCCGCGCACUAACAACGACCUGCAUCGCCGGCGGACUGUUCUCCUACGACGGCAUACGCGCGCAACUAACGUCAAGCGAAUCCCUCUUGUUCGCCUGGACAUGGGUAGAAGAGGCCCAGCGACUCGCGCUAGCUCUUUUCAAACUGAACCUCCUGUAUAAAACUGGCAUGUUGAGCAUCUCAGACCUAGAGUUCCCCCUCCCGGACGGCGGAUACUUGUGGGAUGCACCGGGAAGCAGGGAGUUUUAUCGUCGGUACCAUGCACAGGUAGAAUCUGGGACACACGAGACGCCUAUGAUCUGCGAUAUCUUUCGGGAUGUUCAACGGGGUGGACGGGGUUUAGGUUUGCUAUUGCAGAUGGAUGGUUGGUUAGGGUUCUUUGUUUCGGAGCGGGCGCGAUCUGGUGAAGGACGAGUAUAG